AUGCUACCCGACGCCCAGCUGCUGACGAUCCCACCAACAUCUUUCAACUAUAAGCUUGCGGAUUUACCGUCAACCAACAAGCUAGUCGCAGCUUCUAGUCCAUUCUUCAUAUACAUCAACGCUAGCUCAACAUACGUGGAAGACACAGAACAUAUGGCACACCACAAUCACCGUUCCAGUCGAGUGCAGACCGAGAACGAGCUGUGGCUAAACAUGCCAGCUUCCACAAGGCGACAACAAGAGCACGACUGUCGGCCAGAACGAUCGGCGUAUCAAACAACCUCGCAGCGUAUUAGUGUAUGCUCCAGCAGUGGAAUCAACCCGUCGAUGAUACCUGCUAUCACAACCAGUUCGGACCUUAACAAACCACUUCCACCAUCACCGUCCGGCCAAGACAAACGAUCUCGCAAAUCACCUUCCUUGCGCGGGUUUCUCCGACGCGAAUCUUCAAGUCAGACAGAGUCAACCCAUCUCCGACCCGGAUCAUCCCAUCAAAACCGAUACUCCACUAACCUAAAUGUGGAUACGAAUGGUCAUCAUAGACACAACUACUCACGAAGCAUGCCAAAUUCUCCCUACGAGUUCAGCCAGUCUUCUCACCAGGAUCCAGCAGCCCUUCCUCGAGCACAUUCCUCUGCGUCGGACUACUCAGACGUGGUGCAGUAUCAGCCGUACUCUCCGCUACCACAACACCAAUACACUCGUCCUCAACAGCAGCGCGCGGUGUCAAUGAACCCCUACUUUGAGACCACAUCGCCUCCACGAUCACGUACCUUUCCCGAAGCUACACUUGACGUUACGACACGCGACAAUUUUUACAGUCGGCCACGGCCACACACAACAUGGGUGUCACCCACAGAGCCAUUUACAGAUGUUUCUCAAUUCCAUCUAUUUGCUGAAGCGAUGACCGGACUGCCAAAUGAUGCCGAGCCUUUUUCACCAACCGGUCCACCGCAGCUUCAGGGCUCACUUUUCGCUCGAAGAAGUGCCAAUGACACUAUUCCAAUACCUCUGCAGAACCCUCAAUAUUUGUCGAGAACACAAUCGACACGACGGCCUCAUAGAGAGCAGAGAGAUGAUUGGCAGAAUUUUGAGCCACCACCGCAUAUCUCGUUACAUGCAGGGUCCACACAAAAUCAUCCUCUGCCUGUUCAAAAUCCGCCUGUCCACGCAUAUGAACAAUGGCAACCACCAUCACAUAUGGGUGCCAUCACAGCCGAAUUAGAGCUGCUGGGGCUAGAAGAUCCUCAGGGUUCGGACGAUGAACUUCCAGACUACCAACAGAGCCAAGCGGAGAUGGCGGCGAAGAAGAGACAAGAAGCGUCAGCAAGAGCUCGGGAACUAGAGGCAAGAUGGCGAGGUACAUGCAGAUGA